AUGCCACACAAGUGCAAUCUCUGUCCUGCAACAUUCAUCCGGAGCACGCACUUGAAACGUCACAAGCAGACACAUACAGGCGAGAAGCCAUGCAAGUGUGAUCUGUGUCCUGCAGAGUUUAGCGAUGGUGCGUACUUGCAGUGUCACAAGCAGACACACAUGGGUGAGAAGCCAUACAAGUGUGACACAUGUUCUGCAGGGUUCAUCCAGAGCGCACACCUGCGGCGUCACAAGCAAACUCAUACGGAGUUCAUCCAGCUGCAGCACCUGAAGGGUCACGUGCGGAUUCAUACUGGUGAGAAGCCAUACAAGUGCGACACAUGUUCUGCAGGGUUCAUCCAGAGUGCCCGCCUGCAGCAUCACAAACAAACACAUGUACACACAUGGGCGAGGAGCCACAGAAGUGUGGUUACUGCCCUGCAGACUUCAGCUAGUGCAAAAACAUGCAGCGUCACAAGCACACACACUGGCGACAAGUCACACAGGUGCAGCCUCUGCCCUGAGAAGUUCAACCGUAACACGAACCUGCAGAGUCACAAGCAGACACACAUGGGUGAGAUGCCUAAAAAGUGCGGUUACCAUCUUGCGGAUUUCAUCUUGUGCCAGAACCUGUGGCGUCACAGCAAGACGCACAUGGUUGAGAAGCCAUAG